AUGGACGGGAAAUCCGAAUCGCAAGGAUACCACUCUGCUGCUGGGAAUGACGAGGCAAUAUGCGGGCAGCCCCUGGUGGAUUACUACGAAACCAAUCCAGACAAUCCACGCAACUGGUCCAAGACAUGGAGGUGGUCCAUCGUGGUUCUCGUCGCAUGUCUAUGUGCAGAGGUACAGCUAUGCACCAUCAUCGCCGCGCCCGUCUCGCCUCAGAUCUUGACCUUCUUCCACUCCAAGAACCUCCUCUACCGCACCCUCCUCGUCACAAUCUGGGAGCUGGGCGAGAUCCUCGCCCCCCUCGUCUGGGGCCCGCUCUCGGAACUCUACGGUCGACGGUGGAUCCUCAACGGCGCGAACCUCCUCUUCAUCGUGUUCCUCGCCGGCACGGCCCUGAGCACCAGCAUCCAGAUGCUGAUCGCCUUUCGGUUCCUCAGCGGCCUCGCCACAGCCUGUAUCCCCAUCGGCCCCGGGAUCAUGAAAGACCUGUUCCGCAAAGAGCAACGCGGGCGCGCCAUGUCCGUCAUGUCGCUAACCAGCGUGGUCGGGCCUGUAGUCGGUCCCAUCAUGGGUUCGUAUCUGGGGGAGCGCGCCGGCUGGCGCUGGGUCUUCUGGCUUCCGACUCUGCUCUCCGGGGCUCUGGGGGUGCUGAUUCUGGUACUAUAUCGCGAGACAUAUAAGCUUACAAUCCUCAAACGCAAGGCUGCUACUCUACAACAAGACACACGCGCGGCCACCCACCACACCGCCCCCUCCCCUCCACACAGAAUACCCCACAAAAACGCCCUGAUCCUCCACCGCCCCCUAACCCUCCUCAUCCACUCCCCGGCCCUCGCCCUAGCAACCCUCCAUCUCAGCAUCAUCUACGGCCUCACCUACCUGGUAAUGACAACCAUCGCCCCCGUCUUCGAAGACCUCUACUCCUUCUCCGAAGGCGCCUCCGGCCUCGCCUUCCUAGGCCUGUGUCUAGGCUUCACCCUCGGCGCCCUACUCUGUAGCCUCCUGCUAGACCGGUACAUCACCCGCCGACGCAGCAACUCCAGCACGCAUGCCUCACAGACCCCAACAUCAACUCCAGAACAACGUCUCCCGCCGCUAUUCCUGGGGUGUCUCCUCACUUUCGCCGGACUAUUGCUGUUCGGGUGGUCCGUCCAUUACCGGAUUUACUUCCUGGUCCCGGUCGUCGGGACGGCGAUGGUCGGGCUCGGGCUCGCGGCGACCUCGAUCACGGUGCAGACGUACGUAGUGGACUCGUUUGGGGCGUGUGCGGUCAGUGCGAUCAGUGCGUUGAUGGUGGUGCGGAAUGUCACGGCGGCGGUGGUGCCGUUGGCCGGGCCGCCACUGUUUCGGGCGGUGGGGUACGGGUGGGGUGGCACGGUGCUGGCCGGUGUGGGGUUGCUGGUGGUGCCGGUGCCCGGGGUGUUGGUUCGGUUUGGGGGGCGGUGGAGGUAUGGGCCCUUACUACAAGAUAAAUAA